CGCGUUCUCGAAGUUGCUCUCACAAUCAAAAGCUUCUCCGAUCUUCCAAUCGUAUAAGUUAUGGCUGGGAAAGCUGCAGAAGCUGUGGCAAAGACAGUGACGGGGUUUCAAUAUCCAUGGAGGGCGAAACUCGAUAAGUACAGAACCGAGCUGACGAAAGGCGUGUGGGGUUAUUGGGAGAUGGGAGCAUGGAAACCGUUAGGGAUAAGCGCACGAAGGAGGGCGAUGCUGAGGAAAGAAGUGUUGACUAAUGGAGAAGAUUGGCCUUAUGAUCCAGAGAGGAAAGCGAUGAGGACAAAGAGGAAAGGGCAUAAAUGCGAUAGAAUUUCGGCUGAGAAAAGAGAGAACACUGCGAAACUUAUGCUGAAGAUGCCUCAGAUGCUGCUUGAUUACAAGAAGAGAAGAACCCAACAGUGGUUGUGGUCUUGUGGACUUGUGCUUCCCUUCUUCCGAUCUCAAAGUGCCACAAAUCGGAUCAUUGAGGUUAUUGGAUCGUGUCAAUGUCUCUGCGGCGUCUCUGAGUUUAUCCGGGAAGAGAUCCUCCUUGAAAGCUCUAAUGUGCAGUCAAUUACAAAGGAAUCCAUUGUUGCUUCUGAGGUUACAGAGAAACUAGAUGUGGUGGAAGUUGAAGACUUUGAGGAACUAGCAAACAGAUUAGAGAAUGCUUCUCCUCUUGAGAUCAUGGAUAAAGCUCUUGAGAAGUUUGGGAAUGACAUUGCAAUUGCCUUUAGUGGAGCUGAAGAUGUUGCUCUGAUUGAGUAUGCUCAUUUAACUGGAAGACCUUAUAGGGUUUUCAGUUUGGAUACAGGGAGAUUGAAUCCAGAAACAUACAGACUCUUCGAUACCGUGGAGAAACAUUACGGUAUUCGGAUUGAGUAUAUGUUUCCUGAUGCUGUUGAGGUUCAAGCUUUGGUUAGGAACAAGGGUUUGUUCUCUUUCUAUGAAGAUGGUCACCAGGAGUGUUGCCGCAUUAGAAAGGUGAGACCUUUGAGGCGUGCGUUGAAGGGUUUGCGCGCUUGGAUCACUGGUCAGAGGAAAGAUCAAUCGCCCGGGACAAGAUCGGAGAUUCCGGUUGUUCAGGUUGAUCCAGUGUUUGAAGGAUUAGAUGGUGGAGUUGGUAGUUUGGUGAAGUGGAAUCCGGUUGCGAAUGUUGAAGGGAACGAUGUAUGGAAUUUCUUGAGGACUAUGGAUGUUCCUGUCAACACGCUUCACGCCGCGGGUUAUGUUUCGAUCGGGUGUGAGCCAUGCACGAGAGCGGUUUUGCCGGGUCAGCAUGAGAGAGAAGGGAGAUGGUGGUGGGAAGAUGCUAAGGCUAAAGAGUGUGGACUUCACAAAGGGAAUAUCAAGGAGAAUACCAAUGGAAACGCAACCGCUAAUGUCAACGGGACAUCCACGGUGGCGGAUAUUUUCAACAGCGAGAAUGUUGUCAACUUGAGCAGGCAAGGGAUUGAGAAUUUGAUGAAGUUGGAGAACCGGAAAGAGGCUUGGAUCGUUGUGCUUUAUGCACCAUGGUGCCCGUUUUGUCAGGCAAUGGAAACUUCAUUCGAUGAAUUGGCGGAUAAGCUGGGCGGAAAUGGCGUGAAGGUUGCAAAGUUUAGAGCUGAUGGUGACCAGAAGGACUUUGCCAAAAAGGAGUUGCAGCUUGGAAGCUUUCCAACAAUACUUGUGUUCCCAAAGAACUCUUCAAGACCAAUCAAGUAUCCAUCAGAGAAGAGAGAUGUUGAUUCUUUGACAUCUUUCUUGAAUCUUGUUCGGUAAAUCCGCAAAAAAUCCGCCGACUUUACGAUGAGAAAGAGAUCAAUAAAGGACCUCUGAGUCU